AUGUUACGGUGCUGCCAUUUCUUGCUUUUGGCAGGCUGGGUUUUGGUGGACGCCCAGUUCCCCAGAGAAUGCGUGACCCCCGAGGGUCUCCUUAGCGGCCGGUGCUGUCCGUCCCCGCCGGGCUUCGGCGCCGACCCGUGCGGAAUGGGCGCGGGCCGCGGGAUGUGCGUGGCCGUCUCCGCCGACAUGCGUCCCCACGGCCCGCAGUACCCGCACGACGGACGGGACGAUCGAGAGCGCUGGCCGGUCCGAUUCUUCAACCAGGCGUGCCAGUGUAGCGGCAACUUUAGCGGGUACAAUUGUGGACGAUGCAAACACGGAUGGACUGGAGUCAACUGCGAUCAGAGAGUGUCUGUGGUGAGAAGGAACGUGAUGCAGCUGAAUGCCGCCGAGAAGCUGGCUUUCAUCAACGCGCUGGACCAGGCCAAGCGCACGGUACACCCGGACCUGGUGAUUGCCACCCGACGACACGCCGAGAUCCUGGGGCCCGACGGCAACACCACGCGGUUCGAGAACGUCUCCAUCUACAACUAUUUUGUCUGGAGCCAUUACUACUCUGUCAGUAAGACGUACCUGGGCGCCGGCCAGCCCAGUUUCGGAGGGGUGGAUUUCUCCCACGAGGGUCCCGGCUUUGUCACCUGGCAUCGGUACCACCUGCUCCAACUGGAGCGAGACAUGCAAGACAUGCUGCAAGACCCCUCAUUCGCCCUGCCCUACUGGAACUUCGCCAUCGGCGGCAGCACGUGCGACAUCUGCACGGAUGACCUGAUGGGAGCCAGGAGCAGCUUUGACGGCAACUCUAUCAGUCCCAACUCCAUCUUCUCUCAGUGGAGGGUCGUCUGCGAGAGCGUUGCUGACUACGACACGCUGGGAACCGUCUGCAACAGCACAGAAACCUCGCCGAUAAGAAGGAACCCCGCUGGGAACGUCGACAGGCCGAUGGUCCAGCGUCUCCCGGAAGCUCAGGAUGUUAUCGACUGUCUGCAAGUGAACACUUUUGAUACCGCUCCGUACUACUCCACCUCUUCGGAAAGCUUCAGGAACACCAUUGAAGGCUACAGCGCCCCCCAAGGAAACUACGACCCCGCGGUGAGGAGCCUCCACAAUUUGGCCCAUCUUUUCCUGAACGGCACCGGGGGCCAGACCCACCUUUCGCCCAAUGACCCUAUCUUUGUCUUGCUCCACACCUACACUGACGCCAUCUUCGACGAGUGGCUGCGAAGACAUAGCCCAGGCUCGGUGGUGUAUCCCGACCAAAAUGCCCCAAUCGGUCACAACCGAGGCUACAACAUGGUUCCCUUCUGGCCUCCCGUGACUAACGCAGAGAUGUUUGUGACCGCCCCGGAAAACCUGGGCUACUCUUACGAAGCCGAAUGGCCAGGUCAACCUUUCACGCUGACCGAAAUCAUCACGUUAAGCAUCAUCGCCGCCCUUGUAAUCGUCGGCGCAGUCUUCGUGGCCUCCACCUGCGCGGUUCGCGCCAGAACCAGCAAGACGGAGGUUCACCAACCUUUGCUAACGGAGCAGUACCAACGAUACGACGACGUCAGAGACCAGUCGGUCGUCUGA